AUGGAAAACUCCUCAGCAGCGUCGGCCUCCUCCGAGGCUGGGAGCAGCCGCUCGCAGGAGAUUGAGGAGCUAGAGCGCUUCAUCGACAGCUACGUGCUUGAGUACCAGGUGCAGGGCUUGCUGGCUGACAAGACAGAAGGAGACGGUGAGAGCAAGAAGACCCCGUCCCACAUCUCCCAGUGGACGGCGGACUGCAGCGAGCCCCUGGUCAGCAGCUGCUCCUUCUCCCGUGGUCGAGCGCCCCCACAACAGAAUGGCAGCAGGGACAACUCUCUGGACAUGCUGGGCACAGACAUCUGGGCGGCCAACACCUUUGAUUCCUUCAGUGGUGCCACCUGGGACCUGCAGCCCGAAAAGCUGGACUUCACCCAGUUCCACCGGAAGCUGCGACACGCACCCAAGCAGCCCCUACCACACAUCGACCGAGAAGGGUGUGGCAAAGGGAAGCUGGAAGAUGGGGAAGGGAUCAACCUGAACGACAUCGAGAAAGUCCUCCCGGCCUGGCAGGGUUACCACCCGAUGCCACACGAAGCGGAGAUAGCGCACUCCAAGAAGCUGUUCCGAAGAAGGAGAAAUGAUCGAAGACGGCAGCAGAGACCCCCAGGAGGAAACAAGCCGCAACAGCAUGGCGACCACCCCCCAGGAAGUGCCAAACACAACAGGGACCACCAGAAAUCCUAUCAGGGGGGCUCGGCACCCCACCCCUCAGGGAGGCCCACUCACCAUGGUUAUAGCCAGAACCGGCGCUGGCAUCAUAACAACAUGAAACACCCGCCUGGUGACAAGGGGGAGGCAGGCACCCAUCGCAAUGCCAAAGAGACCAUGACCACUGAAGGCCCAAAACUCGAGGAAGCCCCGGGAGACACAGGGCACGGUGCCCUCGAGACAUCCCGCAGCCCUGAGGUCCCGGCCCUGGUGGCUCCUGAUCCGCUGCCCCUGCAGCAACCAGGGGGGCCUGAGGCCGAGACAAAGCGUAAAGACUGUACUCUUCCCGAGCGCCUCGGGGGGCAGCCCAGAGUCACCCUGCUCCAGUCUUCCAAAGACAGGCUGCGGCGCAGGCUAAAGGAAAAGGAUGAAGUGACAGUGGAGACGACCAGUCCUCAGCAGAACAAGAUGGACAAGCUGAUCGACAUCCUGAACAGCAUGAGGAACAACAGCAGUGACGUGGACGCCAAGCUCACCACCUUCAUGGAGGAGGCCCAGAACUCCACCAACUCUGAGGAGAUGCUGGGAGAAAUCGUGCGGACCAUCUACCAGAAGGCUGUGUCGGACCGCAGCUUUGCCUUCACGGCUGCCAAGCUCUGUGACAAGAUGGCGCUCUUCAUGGUGGAGGGGACCAAGUUCCGGAGCCUACUCCUCAACAUGCUUCAGGGCUGCCUGGCUCUCUUAGCUCUGUGCUUUGACCUCUCCAUCACCUACCUGCGCAGAGCCAGGCAAGCAGGCCAGUCCCCAGCCACCACCGCCGGGAAUCUGAGCUAUGCUGAGCGGCUCCAGAUCGCAGCAUCUCAACCCUGCCCAGGCACGGCCAGCCCAGACAGGGCGCCUCUACCUGCCAUGGCUGCCACUAGAGAGCUGGCACGGCCCGGGCCAGUGGAAAAACUCUCCUUUGUCACAGAGGGCAAAGACCUCCAUCCCUGCUUUGUGGUGCUCCAGGCUGUUCUAGCCCCUCCCUCUCCUGUGGGCAGCGAGGCCGAGGGGGACUUGGCCGGGCCCCAGGGGCCAGUGGCUGUGGGUGGUGACCGAGAGCCAGCCAGGCUGGAAGAGCUGUGCUGUGUGAGAGGUGGAGGAGCCGAGCUGGAGAGGGCCGAUAACAGGCCGGCUUUCUGUGUCUGUGUGUCUGCGUUGGCCGGCGACGGGGGCUGGAGCCAGGCCGUCUGA